AUGGUCAAACUCAGUAAUCUAGCAACUCUUGACCUAGGAGGGAACCAGAUCAGUGGCAACAUCCCACAGUCAAUAGAUCACUUCAAGAGGCUGGAGGAGCUACAUUUGGGUAGCAAUAACAUGUCUGGGGAGCUGCCAUCAUCUCUGGGCAACUGUACAAAUCUCAAAACCAUCGAUCUGAAGAUCAAUAACUUCAGUGGAGAUCUAGGAAAGGUAAACUACUCCGCCCUGCAGAAUCUAAGAAGUUUAGAUUUCAUGAGGAGUAAUCUCAGUGGCAUUAUUCCAGAAAGCAUUUACUCAUGCAGCAAUUUGACUGCACUGCGGCUGUCGGCCAACCAUUUCCAUGGUGAGAUCUCACCGAGAAUAGGAAAUCUGAAGCACCUGCCCUUCCUAUCACUUGUUAGAAACUCCUUCAUGAACAUCACAAAAGCUUCACAUGUUCUUAAGAGCUGUAGGAACAUCAGCACCCUGCUUAUUGGCAAAAACUUUACGAAUGAGGCCAUGCCACAAGAUGAAGCCAUUAUGGGCUUCCAGUACCUUCAAUAUCUGUCCAUGCACCACUGCUCGUUGACUGGAACGAUACCUAAUUGGUUGUCAAAGCUCACAAACCUGAAGAUACUAAGCUUAUUUAGCAAUCAACUCACCCGACCAAUGCCAAGCUGGAUCAACUCCCUAGACCACCUCUUUUGUUUGAAUGUAUCUAACAACAGUCUUACUUGGGAAAUCCCAAUCACCUUGAUGCAGAUGCCAGUGUUAAAAUCAGAUAAUGUUGGCAUGUAUUCGGAAUUGGAACCAAGCCUCCUUGAUCCAGGUGUACUUAUUUAUGGAGCGAAUCCAUCAUGA